CUCUCUCUCUCUCUCUCAUCCUCUGUCCGAGCAAAGCCGCGCUGCCUCACAUGGACCCGAGACUUUAACAUCGCAUCAAGACUCUCUCAGCAGUUCCUUUUCGGAAAGACGAACGAGAAGUUCGAUCAGGUGGAGCAAAACGCCAAAUACCUCUUCAAAAGGAUCUUGCGUACGCGUUUCAGCUGAACGAAGAGAGCGGCUGGUUUGAGGAGCGCGGACGAGUGCCAUCCUACGAUUUCUUUGCGAAAGACUUCUUAAGAGGAAUAAUGAGGAACAUUUGGAUAUUCCUGACACUUUCAGCAGCCGCGUGCUUGUCCAGCGACAAGGUACUGGUCUCUGCUCAGUCUCCUGCCUCAACCAGUGACAUCUAUUUGGAUGACCAGCAAUCCGGUGACUACCCUUUAGAUGAUGAUGACUUCACUUCUGGUUCAGGAUCAGGCUCAAGUGAAACAGAUGACGAUGAAGACACUUCCACGGUAAUUGUGCGGUACCCAGAAUUCAAAGCGGGGUCUACUCAGCAGCCCGUCUACAGCAGCAGCCCCAGCUCAGAGUCCUCCUUUUCCAAAGAGAUGGACCAAAUCAGCAUAGACCCAUUCAUUGAUUCAGAGAUCUCUGACAAUCAGACAGAAAAGCCCCAGGUCACUGUUGAAUCCACCAGCUCACCGAGUGUUGUACAAGAAGCUGACCCGCUUCACGAGGUUCGCACAGAAAAUCUCUUCCAAAGGACAGAAGUGCUGGCAGCUGUUAUAGCCGGCGGAGUGAUUGGCUUCCUGUUUGCCAUCUUCCUCAUCCUCCUUCUGGUGUACCGUAUGAGGAAGAAGGACGAGGGAAGCUACGACCUCGGGGAGCGCAAACCACCCAGCUCAGCCUAUCAGAAGGCUCCGAGUAAAGAGUUCUACGCCUGAACGACCAACCAUUGCCAACAGUAACAUCGUUAUAACAGCCACCUCCACUCAAGGAGUAAUGGUGGAUCGGUAGCACAUCGAGGGGAUUUUUUUUUUUUUUUUUCACGGGGAACCUUUACUUAUUUAAAAAUGUAACAAAAAAGUAAUUUUGCUUCACAAAGCCAACCGGGGCUUGUAUUUUCUUUUUUGGAAUCAAAAACUUCAAAGAUUGUUUCUCUAUGGGUUUUGAAAACAGUUGUUGUCAAUGUAUGAAGGUAAAUCAUUGCUCACAGGUUUUAGUCAUUGACUACUUUGUAACAGUAGAGGUACGUUUUAUUAAAGAACAAGACAAUUCUGGGAUGCAAAUCCUGGGUUAUAUCUGAUACCUUUAAUUUUCCACCGAUCACAUUUCAGUAACUUAUCUCAGUGUGGAAUUUAUGAGUAACUUCAUUUUCAUCUCAUCAUUUUUGCAAAGGGGUUUUCUCCCUUGGCUUGUGCCAUUCUGUUCUUCAGUCAAAAUGAAUGUUUGUAUUUCCGUCUGGCCGAUAUCAUUCAAAGAUCACAAACUGUUUCAGAAUGUUUAAAUGUAUUUUGUUAUAUUUCAUGUUUCUAAUGUAGUUGGUACAGUGUUAAGUCCCUAAAAGUUCAAAUUCUACUUUGCCAGAAGCCAAGAACACAUUUUUCUGUAAUCGUUCUCUUUAUUCGCGUUAACACUCACGCAGGGUAAAAUCUCUUAGAAAAAUAAGUUGUACUUGACUGUACUUGACUGAAAGUCUGCAACAUCACCAUUCAUAGCACUGCAGUCAUUUACUUAAAUUAUUGAAAUGACUUUAACCAUUGUGCAAGUUUGCAUUGCGCGAAAAAGCGCAUCGAGGUCAAGAACGUUUUGUUUUUUUCCACAUAACUAUUUGAUGCCCACUUACCCAACGCUUGGAAGGAAAAAAAUGUUCAUUAGAAUAAGAUAUGGAUUUUUUUAUAUGAAUUCAGUCUUCGUUAUGAACAAGCGGAAGAGUCCAAGAAUGAAUCUUCCAUGACAAGUUAACAUCAUUUAUCCAGUAUAAGUCGUCAGUAUUACUGAUUUUUAUGCCCACACUGUUCUCAAUCAACACAUUCUCAAUGUUCACUGUUGACUGGAACCCUAAUGAAGGCCAUUUUUCUUGAUUUCAUAAUAUUAUCCCUCAUGCGGAAGCAGCUUUUUGCUCUCUUUUUUGCUCUCUUACGUUUCUGACUCGAGCAUAUUCUGCUGAAUGUCUCUGACCUUCCAAAGACUCAAACAGUGUUGUUAACAGUGAUGUCGAUGAAUAACAUGUAUCACAUCUGCUCAUUUUUACUCUCUUCAUGUGCAUUUCCAUUUCUUUAAAAGGCCUGACCAUUUAGAGUCAACGGCGUCUCUGUAUAUGUUAAUAUACAAUAAUUUAUAGAAUAUAAUUAUUUAUAUACUACAUAUUAUAUGUAAUAUGUUAGUUAAAAAAUCUAUGAAAAUGUAUAUUCACAAAUGUUUUAGAAGCCCUUGAAGUGCCUACUGUUCUGAAACAGUUCUACAGGGAUUUGAGGACAUUUGUGCAUCGGAAUGAUGUUAAAAGCUGGAACUGGUGAAAUGUGAUGAGUAGUAAUGUCACAGAAAACAGAAACAGUAUUGUAUUUCAUAAAAAACACUACUGAAUAAACAUUUUCUCAUGGUAUUUUAA